AUGUGAGUAUGCAGUGCUCACAAGAUAUACUUCGAAUGCUUCUAUCUCUUCAGCCAGUUCUUCAGGAUGCUAUUCAGAAAAAAAGAACAGUAAGGCCUUGGGGGGUUCAAGGUCCUCUCACUUGGCAACAAUUUCAUAAAAUGGCUGGCCGAGGCUCUUAUGGAACUGAUGAAUCCCCAGAACCACUGCCAAUCCCCACGUUUUUGUUGGGUUAUGAUUUUGAUUUUCUGGUGCUUUCUCCAUUUGCUCUCCCUUAUUGGGAGAGACUUAUGCUGGAACCCUAUGGAUCUCAAAGAGAUAUAGCUUAUGUUGUACUAUGUCCAGAAAAUGAAGCCUUGUUAAAUGGAGCCAAAAGCUUUUUUAGAGAUCUUACUGCAAUAUAUGAGUCUUGUCGAUUGGGUCAACAUAGACCUAUUUCUCGACUAUUGACGGAUGGGAUCAUGAGAGUUGGAUCUACUGCAUCAAAGAAACUAUCAGAAAAGUUGGUAGCAGAAUGGUUUUCUCAGGCAGCUGAUGGUAACAGUGAAGCAUUUUCUAAACUCAAGCUUUAUGCACAAGUCUGCAGAUAUGACCUAGGUCCUUACCUUGCUUCCCAGCCAUUGGACAGCUCUCUACUUUCCCAACCAAAUUUAGUUGCCCCUACAAGUCAGCCUUUGAUUACUCCACCUCAGAUGACAAGUACUGGAAAUGCUAAUAUUCCAUCUGCCACCCUAGCAUCUACAGCGAGCAGCACUGUGACAAUGACUUCAGGUGUUGCCAUGUCUUCUUCAGUUGCCACAGCUAACUCAACUUUGACCACAACUUCAGCUUCAUCUUCAUCAUCCUCCAACUUGAAUAGUGGAAUGUCAUCAAAUAAACUACCUUCAUUUCCACCCUUUGGCAGUAUGAACAGUAGUGUUGCGGGAUCCAUGUCUACACAAGCAAGUACAGUUCAGAAUGGCCAGCUAGGAGGGCAACCACCAUCAGCUCUACAAACAGCUGGGAUUUCUGGAGAGUCAUCUUCGAUUCCGACUCAUCCACAUCCUGAUGUGUCUGAAAGCACAAUGGAUCGGGACAAAGUGGGCAUCCCCACAGAUGGUGAUUCACAUGCAAUCACUUAUCCACCUGCAAUUGUUGUUUAUAUAAUUGAUCCUUUUACAUAUGAAAACAAAGAUGAGAGCACUAAUUCUUCUAAUGUAUGGACUUUGGGGUUACUUCGAUGUUUUCUGGAAAUGGUCCAGACUCUUCCUCCUCAUGUUAAGAGCACUGUGUCUGUACAGAUUGUUCCCUGUCAGUACCUGUUGCAACCUGUGAAGCAUGAAGAUAGACAAAUCUAUACCCAGCAUUUAAAAUCCCUGGCUUUUUCGGCCUUUACCCAGUGUCGGAGACCACUUCCAACAUCAACCAAUGUGAAAACAUUGACUGGUUUUGGUCCAGGUUUAGCCAUGGAAACUGCUCUUAAAAGUCCUGAUAGACCAGAGUGUAUUCGACUUUAUACACCUCCUUUUAUUCUGGCUCCAGUGAAGGAUAAACAGACAGAGCUAGGAGAAACAUUUGGAGAAGCUGGACAGAAAUACAAUGUUCUUUUCGUGGGCUACUGUUUAUCACAUGAUCAAAGAUGGAUUCUUGCAUCUUGCACAGAUCUAUAUGGAGAACUUUUAGAAACGUGUAUCAUUAACAUCGAUGUCCCAAAUAGGGCUCGUCGGAAAAAAGGAUCCGCUAGAAGAUUUGGUCUACAGAAACUUUGGGAGUGGUGCUUAGGACUUGUACAGAUGAGUUCAUUGCCAUGGAGAGUUGUAAUUGGCCGUCUAGGAAGGAUUGGUCAUGGAGAAUUAAAAGAUUGGAGCUGUUUGCUGAGUCGUCGAAACUUGCAGUCUCUAAGUAAAAGGCUGAAAGACAUGUGUAGAAUGUGUGGUAUAUCUGCUGCAGACUCUCCCAGCAUUCUCAGUGCUUGCUUGGUAGCAAUGGAACCCCAAGGCUCUUUUGUUAUUAUGCCAGAUUCUGUGUCAACUGGUUCUGUAUUUGGAAGAAGCACCACUCUAAACAUGCAGACAUCUCAGCUUAACACCCCACAGGAUACAUCAUGUACUCAUAUACUUGUGUUUCCUACUUCUGCUUCUGUGCAAGUAGCUUCAGCUACGUAUACCACUGAAAAUUUGGACUUAGCUUUCAAUCCCAACAAUGAUGGAGCAGAUGGAAUGGGUAUCUUUGAUUUGUUAGACACAGGAGAUGAUCUUGACCCUGAUAUCAUUAAUAUCCUUCCUGCAUCUCCAACGGGAUCUCCUGUUCAUUCUCCAGGAUCUCAUUACCCCCAUGGAGGUGAUGCUGGCAAGGGUCAGGGUACUGAUCGGCUACUUUCAACAGAAUCUCAUGAUGAAGUAACUAAUAUUCUUCAGCAACCAUUGGCCCUUGGUUACUUUGUAUCAACUGCCAAAGCGGGUCCGUUACCUGACUGGUUCUGGUCAGCAUGUCCUCAAGCACAAUAUCAGUGUCCCCUUUUUCUUAAGGCCUCUUUGCACCUCCACGUGCCUUCAGUGCAAUCUGACGAGCUGCUUCACAGUAAACACUCCCACCCACUUGACUCAAAUCAGACUUCAGAUGUCCUCAGGUUUGUUUUGGAACAGUACAAUGCACUCUCCUGGCUAACCUGUGACCCUGCAAUCCAGGACAGACGCUCAUGUCUCCCAAUUCAUUUUGUGGUGCUGAAUCAGUUAUAUAACUUUAUCAUGAAUAUGCUGUGA